AUGACUGAUGAAGAAACAGAUGAUGCUACUACAACGACGGUAACUGAUGGUCCAUCAGACAUACCCGAUCUUACAGAUUUUAAUAUUGAUGGUGAUAACGUUAAAAGAAAUUAUGGUGUCAGUGUUAUUCUUUCACAACAGGCAAGUCGAUUCUCAAUGCCAUUUGAUUUGAAACAAUUUGAAACUUUGACACCAAGGGAAUAUUUGGAAAAAUAUUGCCGAGUCAGUAAUAGACGACAUGCACUAUACAAACGAAUAUUUGAUAAACAUAAAGGAACAGACGGUGAAUUGACAACGAAGGUCUUGUCCGAGGCACUAUCUGAUGCUUAUAUGCGUACGGUAGAUCAUCAAUAUAUUCAACAAGUUAUUCUCUUAUUAGAUCUGAAAAGUGGAGAUAAAAUUACGUUUGCACAAUUUGAAGGAAUUGCGGCCUUUUCAGAACGAUACUUUUUUAAUGUUUUUGCACGAGCUGAAACAGCAGAAGUCGCAUUACAAAAAGAUAUAAUAGAACGAUUAGAUUUUUCAGCGUUAAAAUGGAAACUGCAUGGAAUUAAGAUUACAAAUCAAUUAAGACAUAUUUUAAAACUUAUUUAG